AUGAACCGAUAUCGAAACGCCCCGACGCUCCGACGCUCCGACAAAGCCACCGCGAACACACUGUGUCAGAAAUGCCUCAAACGAGAUACGUACAAUUCUCUAUAUCUGACUAACUCCGGUUCACGGCACUACAGUUUUGAUUGCAAGGCACCUGCGCAAGAGCGCCCAUACAUCCCGCGACCUUCAAGGACUCAACAGCUACAGAACCCAGAAUUGAUACCCAAGCUCUCCAGUGAUAACCCAAACGAGCUUUUACGGACAGAGGGUUUGGCGGAUGAGUUACUUGCCAACCGGGAGGAAGAGCGUGGUCGGAAGAGACCUGGGGAUAUGACAGACCGCCGUUCCCACUCUCCGAAGCGAUCUAGGUCGAUCUCAGUGGCAACGAUAUCCACCAAUCGAUCUUGUGACUCCUCUCCCCGUCAUAACAAAUACGGCGCAAUCGAUAGUGGCCGCCGAGCCGACUCAUCCUCACCUACCAAGUCCCGAAAGAGACGCUAUAGUGAUUCCACAGAGGGCCGAUCUAGUCCGGCUCAAACAAGACCAAAGAAUCGUUCGCCGUCCCGGGAGCGAACUGAUGACCGAAACACACGGCGACGACGUCGAGAGUCUAGCCCCGAAGAACGAGGUCGGCACCGUGGCGCAGGAAGGCAUAGUGACCGACGAGACCGCCGAAGCAAGAGUAUGGACCAAGAGCGAGCGAAAGACAUGCGUUCUAUGACUCCAGAUGUUCCUCGUGACCGCUCAUACCGGGAUCGAGCCAGCCCACCACGCCAGUCUCAGCCCGGACGGUCUAGGACUGACACCAGAACACAGAACCAGCCUCCCCGAGAGCGAAGCCUGAGUCCUUUCAGCAAGCGGCUUCGUUUGACCGAAGCCAUGAACCAUGGAAGGUAA